UAAAUUUUUUGUAAAAAAUGGAGAUUAAAAAGGAACUAGAGGAAGAUUUAUUAGCACAAGAGCAUGAAUUACUAUCUGCAAGUAACUACUACAAAAACAGAGAAUCUAAAACUACACUCUUGCGCUCCCAACUCUUCCAAGAACUAGUCCUAUCAUAUGAAAAUCAAUCUCCAGCUUAUAAAUAUUAUCCAAAGAUUGAUAGCUUGCCUGCAGAUUCCGUUCCCACUCUAUUAAUCUACACAAUGAAGAAUAAGACAGAGAUAUCAAUAAAGAAAUAUCUAAAGAAUAUCCAAAACUUAAAAUUUUCAAGUAUAUCAAUUAAUGGGGCCAGGACUGGCUCAGACUUGUGCUUUCAUCUGAUCCAGAGUCCUUGCCUCAGACUCUUCUGACAAGGACUUGAAGAAGUUGCAUUCCAAAGAUGAGUGUUUACUAAUUCUAGCUUCAAUAAACUAUUUCCGUGCCUGAAUAAAGUAAAAGAAGUUUCUUUUUAGAAAUUGAACAUUUCAGAUAACUCAUCUCAAGCCAAUCUCAGAAAAAAUAACCUUCUCAAUGAAGGAGCUUUCCUUUGAAGGGUGUCUGGAUAGGAGUAAUAGUGUAAUAAAAUACGAUGACUUAGAGUUCACUCUGUUGCUAAAUCUGGCCACAUCGAACAGCGUAAAAAAGAGCCUGACCUCACUUACCUUCUUGAUUAUCUUCACUGCUGCUGAUUUUGUCCACUUGAACUCUCUAAACCUGGAGCUUGGAGGCACUAAAUUAUUAGUAAGGGAUAUCUUCUAA